CAGAAACAAGUGUGAAGAUUUAAUUGAUAAAAUCGCUAUUGUGAUAAUGGAUUUGUCUGGGUUAACCUUUAUUUAUUGAGACGCAGUGUGUCGAAUUUCGAUGUUAAAGGUCAUGGUGGCUGCUGAUAGUGUGUUGAGUCGAAUUUAUAUUAUAGUUGUAAGACAGUAAUUGCGGCGAUUAAGGAGAACAAUGGUGGAGAAAGUUGAGCUGAAUUCCUCUGAAGGCUUUUUAGCGAUCUGACGGCCGUAAAAUGGCAUCGACUGAAAAUAUUGUAGAACCGAUGCCUCCCGAACCAUGGCAGCCCCCUCGCCCCCGAAAAACCCUCCUCUAUUACCUCAAGCUGAUAACCGUGGAGCCCACCAUGGUGCUGUACAUGAUGGCCUUCAUGACCACCACGGUAGUGGAACAAGCCUUCUUCGUAAACAAAGCGUGUCGUGUAAACCACGGCUUAAACGAAACCGUUUGCGACAACCUAACAGCUAAAGAGUACGAAGACUUGAACAAGCAAGUGCAGAUUACUGUAUCAGACUUCCAUUUAUGGAACGACGUGGCCGGCCACGGGGGCCCCAUCAUUCUAGCUUUAUUCAUGGGGGCCUGGUCCGACAAAAGAGGCCGCAAACUGCCGCUCCUCAUCGGUCUCAUCGGCAAACUCUACUACUCAGCCAUGAUUGUAGUGAACGCCAGCCAAAACGACUGGCCUUUGGAAUACGUGGUGUACACCGCCACUCUCCCUAUGGCUUUCACGGGCGCCGACGUCGCGAUUUUCGCCGCCGCCUUCACAUACUUAGUCGAUAUAACGUCGCAAAAAAAUAGAACUAUGAGAGUUACAUUGUUAGAGGUUUGUUAUUUAGCGACGAUGCCCACGGGAGUGGCCCUCGGGAAGGUUUUGUUCAACCAAGUCGUGAAUAAAUCAUACGCGGUCAUGUUCGCUAUCAACGUGUCGUUGUUAGUUCUUGCGAUUAUUUACACGUUUUUGAGGUUAGAUUGGCGCACGAGUGCCCGCCAAAAACCGUUGUCUGAAGCUUCCAAUCUCUUUACAGAUUUUUUCGACUAUAACCAUGUUGUGACUACCGCGGUUACGUUGUUCAAACCACGACGUCACAACCGUAGGUCGUAUUUGUUGAUUUUAAUUCUCAUGAUGGCGUUUUAUACGUUCCAAAGGGACGAAAAAGACAUGAGUUAUUUGUACGUGAAUUUAGUUUUUAAAUGGCAGUUUAACGAGUUUAGUGAUUUUCGGACCGUGCAGUCGGCAAUUCAGGACGUUUUUCUUCUGUUGGCAAUACCGUUGAUGAGUCGGGUUUUGGGGUGGCGGGACACUGUUAUUAUUAUGAUUGGGGCACUGGCGCAUUCUGUGGGACGCAUUUUUUAUGCGACUGCUGCAGACCCAUGGGUUUUCUAUUUAGGGGGUGUUUUCGCCGCUAUUGGUCCCAUUGUGGCUCCAGUGAUUCGGUCGAUGGUUUCGAAGUUGGUAGCGACGUCGGAAAAAGGCAAAACACUCGCGGUUCUGGCGGUAGCCGACAACGCCAUCCCCCUUGUCUCCGGGACAAUGUACAGCAAAGUCUACAACGCCACCAUCCACACCAACCCCAACGCCAUCUUUUACGUAACAAUGGCGACUCAAAUGACCGUAUUCCUCCUAGUUUUAUUUAUCCACGUAAAAGCAAAAGACAAAUACUUAAUUCACGAAGACGAAGACGCAAAAGCCGAAUGUUUAAGUAAGCAAGAGGACCCUCCCUCCGAGUAGUAUUGCGACCGCAGCUCCACCUCUAGGCAAUUUAGUAAAGUUUAGAAAAAUGUAGUAUUAAAGACGGAAAUUACAUUCCAUUUUAUUUACUUACGUUUCUAUGAAAAAUAAAUAAAUAAUGACUA